AUGACCUUUGGUGAGCGAAUCUUGCCGACGAACAGAGGAGAGUUUGAGCAGUGGGCUGAGCCAGUUUUGGACACUUUGGUUGGCGUGACCAUGUCUGACCCCACACUAGAAUCAGGGAGUCUGGGAUCGAGGAUUCAUUUUACUCGGAAGAAGAUUCCCCUAAAUUGCAUUUCCCGAGGCACUUCAAAAAUCGAUUCGAUCCAGAAUCACAAGUUUAUGAAAAUUAAGACCCUCAGUGUGGGAUUGGAAUCCACGGCUUUUCAUUUGAAGAAGAAGGCAUACGUUCCCAGACAUUUAGUGGUUGCCAUGUGUGAAAAAAUUCCAAAGUGUGACGAAAUUAUGCAAAGUGAAGAAACUCCGUCUGAACAAAUUCUGAAGUCUGAAGAAAAUCCGGAGCGUGAAAAAAUUCUCACCAAAGACUUGAACGAAUAUGCACAAAAAGCGAGUGACAAGAUAAGAUUUGGCAGUGGAUACUUUUGUCAGCUAAGUACACAUUUUUUCAAACUCAAUCCAGAACGUAAGGCACCGAGGGACAUGACAGGCUAUAAAUAUGAAUCGAUAUCUAGGUUUGAGCCUCAGUUAAAAGUUUUUUGGGUGAAUCUCAAGGAUGUUGCUUCUUUAGCGGCACUUGAAGAUUUCGUGAUGGAUGAAUUCGAAAAACAUGGAAAGUUAUUGACCUUGGAUAUUGAGGAAUACUUUGCGUUAGUUUUGACCAUCACAUUGGCUCUGCCAAAAUCUCUGCUGUUGCCAAUUAACGUGCGACUAACGCCUGAGUUUGUCGCUAAUACAACCUUACUAUCAAUGGAGCUAGUCGUAGUUCCAGGAAUCUUAGUGGGUCAUGCUGUAAUUGUGCAAGUAUCCACUGUCAAAGUCAAUAGCCUCUUUUUAUUCUUCGAGGCAAACAUUCAUUACCACCCUCGGCUACUCUCUCUUAUGAAUUGUGAUAGGUAUUAUUAUGCGGAUGGCCCCUCCACUGGGGAUUCUAUUAUUUUACCAGUCUCCGACCUUGGUAAACAUCCUUUGCCAAAGAGGUUUAGGUUUCUCAGUUCGAUGGAAGGACUGUCAAUUCCUCUCGCUUUCAUCCCAGUUUCGGACCUUUGGACUUUCGAAGUUGGUCUGCUUCCUCCGACCCAAACAAGGUAUUCCAACUCUGGAAGCAUCGCUACCACUCCAUUAUAUGGCAUUUCUGAAGGCACUUUCAGAAAUCGAGAUCAUUGCGACGAAGAGUUCGUUCCUUUCCCGUGUUGUGUAAAAGAUGCUAUUUUUAUCGGCCCUCUUCCUCCUAACUCGUUCUGGUUCUAUUCGACAACUCGUCAUAUCGUAGUAAUCCCAGAUGCCUUGGGUGCGAUAGAUGAGCAGGAAAUCUACCUCCGAAAUGCUGGAUUGGAUUUCAAAACCGUAGUUCCUCAUCCCUUGCUUGUUCUUCAUCGUCAGGAAUCUAAGACAGGCAAAUAUGUCCAUUUCUUACGAAAUUUCUUUAUCCCAUGGCGUCUGAAAAUUGAACACUCCUAUGAACGUGACGUUGAGCAGCUUGAGAUUGAAGAAGGUCAGCCAAGCAGCCCUGCAGCAAGCAGCAAGUCACUGGAAGUACCCUUAGUUGCUGCUGCUGCCUCCCCACUCAUUUCAGCUUCGAAUUUGGAUGAUAAUGGUGAGUUCCCAUCACUUAAAGAUGCUGAGAAAGUGGUUACAGCUGCUGGAAAUGCAGGGGGCAAAGGGGCAGAGCAGGAGCUGCUCAUGUCUCAAUCCAACAUUGGCGAACGGAACAUGUUCGACAAAAUGCCUAAGACAAACUCCAACAUAAUCACCAAAGAUUUCCCCAGUGGUAGUAAAGCCUUCCAGGUCAGUUGUUUAAGAUUCGGAUUAUCCACAUGCCCAGAAUUUGACCUUAGAACUAAAGCCCCAGACCGUGGUUUACGGCUACCCUACUUCUUUCUCUUUCUUAUUACGACGCUUAUCACCUCAACUGCCAUUCCUCAGGGAUUCCAAUUUCAAUAUGAACUGAGGACGGAAAUUUUUAGUAUUUCUGUUCUCCAAUCUGACCGGACAAUGAUCCUUUGGGUGGCGCCUUUCGGGAGACAUGAGUUCAAGGAAGACAGAACAAAGGAAGGAAGUCUGCGCUUGAAAGGAACUCAAAUCAAUAUCAGGAAUCAAUACGAGGUGCAUUUAUCUUUAAGUGGCGCGAACCACAUGAGAAUCUCAUGGAUCACUUCAGAUCCAACUCCAUCAGUUGUGUACUACGGCCCAGGCCCAAUCCUAGGCCCAGGAUCCAACUCCCUCUCAUCCACCGGAAGCUCCAACCAAUACAAGUACAUGCUGUAUAACUCCGGACACAUACACGACGUCAUCAUCGGCCCAUUGGACCCAAACACAUUGUACUACUACCAAUGCGAUCCGGGUCAAACCGAGCACACGAACUCAACCCUAGGCCACAUAUCGAAAUCAAACCACGACGUGCUUUUAUUACCGGGCGACCUCUCGUACGCGGACUUCUAUCAACCUUUUUGGGACACGUUCGGGCAUCUUGUGCAGCCGCUCGCCAGCAGUCGGCCGUGGAUGGUCACUCAGGGCAACCACGAAAUCGAGUCGAUCCCUCUUCUACACAAGGAGAAGUUCACCUCGUACAACGCAAGGUGGGCCAUGCCACAUGGCGAAUGCGGAUCCCCCUCCAACUUGUUCUACUCCUUUGAGUUGGGCGGGGCCCACGUGCUCAUGCUCGGCUCGUACGCGGAUUUCGAGCCAGGGUCGGAACAGUACAGAUGGCUCGAGUCGGACCUGAGGAAGGUGGACCGAGGCAGAUCCCCGUGGCUCGUGGCAGUGGUGCACGCGCCGUGGUACAGUACGAACGAGGCCCAUCAAGAGGAGUACGAGUCGAGCGGCAUGAGGAAGUCCAUGGAGGAUUUGCUCUACCGGGCUCGUGUGGACGUGGUUUUCGCGGGCCACGUGCAUGCAUACGAGCGCUUUGUGAGAGUGUAUAAGGAUAGAGCAGAUGAUUGUGGGCCCGUGUAUGUGACGAUUGGAGAUGGGGGAAAUCGCGAGGGCCUUGCUAAAGGGUACAUGGAUCCAAAGCCAGAUAUAUCUGCGUUUAGAGAGCCAAGUUUUGGGCAUGGACAACUCUUGAUACAAAAUGGGACCCACGCUUUGUGGACGUGGCAUAGAAAUGACGAUGAUGUAGAAUUUGCAUCUGACAACAUCUGGUUGACAAGUCUUUCAUCAGUUUCUACGUGUUCUUAGUUUUUAUCCAAGUUUUUUUCUUCCACAAAUAUAAAUUAUUGAAUUUUGUAUAUUGGGUUGUGUAUAGAGGAGCCCAAAUAAAAUUAGAGACUCCUUCAUGAAUAAUUUGGGCCUAAAGCUGAAUAUGAGAUGCAAGUGGCCAAGCCCAUAAAUAUUGGAAUUGUUAAAGCUAUGAAUGACUAUAAAAUAUUGAAACUGAGAAAAUUACUUGAUCUAUAAAUUUAUUUUUGUUUCAUUUAUGAAAUAUUUGUUUUUAAUUGAAA